AUGAAUUACGAAAAUAAUUAAUAAUUAGUUUAUUUUAGAUGCAAAGUAGAAUAAUAAGCUGAUUAGUAUAUAAUUAUAUCACAAGAGCUCAAAUAUUUGUUUUUUACAAUAUAAGAAAGUAUUAUUCUAACUCUUAUUUAAAUCAUAAAUUAAAAUUUAAGUAAUAGAAUAAGAUGA